UUCCUGUGCUCACACCAAUGCACUCACACGCUUGCGGAGAGACAGCCGGGCGACUUCAAGGCCUCAGGGACAGCUCCGGCUACAACAAUGUACGAGACAGCAGAUCUCAGUGACUAAAGUGUCUGAAGCAGACGACCCAUUGUUAAAACAAUACGAUUAUGUACAUAAACUAGCCUGAUCACACGUAUAGAGUGACACAUCAGCUCUCUAAGAAAGCUUGCCCCGCCGGAUCAUCGGACUGCUGAAAUCAACGAGACCGCAGAAAUCUACACAAAGUGCUCAGUCAAGGGACACGGAACACAAAGUCAGAGCAUCUGGUCAUAACAUAGACUGUGAUCAGAUCAUGGAGAGAGUGAUCUGCCGUACAGUAUAGAAGCAGCAGAGCUACAAGAGUGACAGCUGAUCUAAUGGACUAAGUACGUUCAGUUACUAUGCGAGUUCUGUGAAUAUGGCUACAAAUGCAGUGACUAGAACACAGAGUGCGCGUGUGAUGAUGUUGCUUCAUGCAAGUUUCGGACAUCGGAGGACGCAGGAGCCGCUGUAGAGAAGGAGAGGGACAGCUGCACCCCUACUCUUACAAAGUGACUACAUAUUAAAAACAGAAGGGAAGCUGCAUGCUUUGGAGCCAACAUUAACUUCAAAGUUUACUACCCAGACUAUAACAAUGUCCCCCACCACCAAGGGUCCCGGUGUAUGUCCAGGGGGAGCUGCAGGGUUGGUGUGUCUACCUCCAAUCUCUAAUGAUUUGAAACUAGUUUGGACAGAGGCAGCAUUAACUGAUGAGUUAGAUGAUCACCCCGAACUGAUCCAUACCUUUAGUUACUUCCCAUAUCCAAGUAUGCCUGAAAUUGCUUUGUUAUGUCUGCGAUCUGGGCUGCAGAUGGAAAAGGUAAAGACCUGGUUCAUGGUGCAGAGGAUCCGCUGUGGAAUAAGCUGGUCAUCAGAGGAAAUUGAAGAGACACGUUCACGUCUUGCUUACAAUCAAGACCAUCUGCACUUCAAGCCUCUUGUUGGUGUAGCCAGGAAAGCUAGCAGUCUUAAAACCCAUGAAAAAACAGCGGUUUCCACACCAAAGAAUGAAGCAAGACAAGAAGUUUCCCCUCCUCGUCCUUGCCCAUCUUCAGGCAUUGCUGCACCAGAAGCCAAAAGAAUCAAGACAGACUUUGUAGCCUCAGUGCAAAAACCAGCAUGGGCUGCAGAGGGCUUGAGCUCAGAGCGUUUGCAGAACCAGUCAAAAGCAUGGGAGUUAUCAGGCACCUACACUCAAAAGUCUGAGUCAAGCUAUUUUUCAGAGACAGAAGGGUUGAAAAACACAGCAGAGACUCCUAUUGCUAGCCAAAUGUUUGGUGUUGAUGGGACAGGAGUGAGCACUGCUGUAGCUUGUCUCCCAUCUGAAGAGGAGCUUUACAAUAGGGUUGGGACUCCAUCUUCCAGUAUGAACAGUUCAAUGACAUUUCAUGUUCAUGGUUACCAAGAUCAAAGUAGUGGCAUAUUCAGGGGAGAUGAGAGCUGCACACCAGUUAUGAGACGCCAACGGAAAACCAAGGACCAGUUGGCUAUGCUCAAGGCCUUUUUUUUGCAGUGCCAAUGGGCUCGUCGAGAGGAUUACCAGAAACUAGAGGAGAUUACAGGGUUACCAAGGCCGGAGAUUAUUCAGUGGUUUGGGGAUACCCGUUAUGCACUUAAGCAUGGGCAGCUUAAGUGGUUCAGGGACAAUGCCCAAGAACGACCCAGCUGGCUGGAUGAACCUCAGCAUGCUGUUAACCAAAAUGGAAGAUUAAGUGAGCCAAGACCAGCAGGGAGUCCUGGAGUAGGAAUGGCAAUACCUAUGGUCAACGUUUUAGGGACCAACACUGAAAUGGCAGCUCAACCAGCAACAACUUCGGUAACUCAAGUUGUGUUAAGUCCAGUGGUAUCCUCUGUGGGUUACAUGCCAGUGGUAGAUGUAGGAAGAAUAUUUAAUAAAAGCACAGAGGUGCCUGAGAACAAAAAUCCUAAAAUCCUGGAUUCUAAAUGGUCAACUGCACCAGGGACUCAAACAUUAAUUAGAAUAAAUGAAUUUGAGCAGGGUAGCUCAGGGGUUAAAGAUUCUUUAACAAGAAUUUCAGGGUCAUUAGGCAACGAAACACACAAAAACUUACAGACUGUACUGGCAAAGCCGCCUCCUCCAUCUCCCAUUCCAGUUGCAAUCCCCAGAAUAGACUUUAAUAUAUUAGAAAGGUACUGGUCUGUCCGCAAACACAUUCGUGAAGUGGACUUGCAUUCCCUAGUCGCAGGGUCUGGAUUAAGCCGACAGCAAGUGCUGGACUGGUUUAGUAAAAAAUCAAGUGAACCUGCAGAAGUAGAGGUAUUUCUAGACGAUGAAGAGGAUAAUGUGGAAGAGUUUGAGGAGGACGAUGAUGAUGUUGUUAUCCAAGAUUAAUUUUCUCAUUCUCGUGCAAUCUACAGGGAUUACAUAACACAUCAUGCAGACAUUUCCCUCAAUAUAGUAUUUAAAUAAAAACAUGUCUCACAUAAUUAAUUCACAGCACACACAAA